AUGUUUCUACCGUACGCCGCCGUGGCCGUGUUCGCUUUCACGGUGAAGUUCAAUUUAUUAAACGUGUACACCAGGCACGCCGAACCACCUUCGCCGUUUGUCAACAUAAUCUUCCCAACGUGCAAGAUGUGUCUGGAGUCUUGGUGCCACCUCGUAGAUAGAAGACCGUGCAUAACCAGAUACUGGGAGCACUUCAAUUUUACAUGUUACACGUGUAAGAAAAACCAUGAUGGCAUCAAACAGCACUAUACCGAAGGCGAAUGCAAGGCAGCCUGCACUGACCCGGAUAAGAUGUGCAUUUGUGAUUUUGAGUGUUACAUUUGCGUCUCAAAAGAGUGGGCCUGCUGGAACAAUUGGACGCGAUGCAAUUAUUACCCUGUCGAGGAACCAACGUGCGUGUAA